AUGGAUGUGGUUCACGGGACUCGUGGUACUAAAACGUCAAAGUUUACAAAAGAAGAUGAUUUUAGCAGCAUGCUGCCAUCGGACAUGGUAUUUGAUGAACACUUCUUUAUCCAUUUACUUGGAGCUUCACAGGCCACAAAUAAGAUUAGUGAUGAUUGGAGGAACGUAAUUCUUAAGUUACUCAUUCAUCUAGUUAAAGGUUCCGUAACAAAGUUCAUCCUAUAUCUUCCAAGAGACAUGACAUUCGAUGUCAAGGAUAUCAACAACUGGUUUCUGUUCUUGUCUGGAAAAGGAAUCAGUGAUGUCACUGUCAACAAUGAUUAUGACAAUACUCGACUUAAGUUGCCUGCACAUUUUUUCUCAUGUGGACAGUUGAUGCAUUUGAACCUUCAAAACUGUGGUUUCGACCCUCCACCUAGUUUUCGUGGUUUUCCAAAUUUGUUAAGCUUAGUCUUGUAUCGCAACACGAGGCCGUUAACAAGUUCCAGAGUCAUUCAGCUUGUGGCUUCUUUUCCAAAACUUGAAGAACUUCGUCUAAAUUUUGGUAUCACUUUUUUGACAGAAGCCGGUGGUAAUAAAAUGGACUACGUCCUGAUUGCCACUUUUCCUUGCCCAAAGACUCUAAAAUUACGCUUCAUAGAUCUUGCCAGUGAUAUCAUGGCAUCUUAUGUUUUGAAAAUGAUCCGCUCAUCCCCAAAUUUGCAGACACUUAAUAUUUGGGUUGAAUUCUUUGAUGAUGUGCCCCAUCAUGCCCUUUCUUCUUCAGAUUUGGACUGCAGCACAAUGGGCAUGCUGCAGCUUCAGAGUGCAGUGUUUGUAGGUUCCGACUGCUCGGAAAAUAAAGUUUAUUUGACAAAGUUUUUACUUGCUUGUUCACCAUUACUAAAGGAGAUUGUUAUUGGGAUCCACCCAUCCAAAAAGGUCAAUGAAAGUCAUAAGUUUUCCACAAAGUUAUUGAAGCUCCAUCGAGCUUCCCCUGUAGCCGAAAUAGACUUUUCCUAUUUUAGCGACCCGUUUUCUUUUAUUGAGUUUUCCAGUAAUUUUGGUUAA